AUGUUUUUUCAUGACGGCAGUCGGGGGGCGCCGUGGGAGACCCGGGUCCUAGUGGAUGGAGUCCACGUCCAGGUCGGGCCCACGAUCAAGUAUCUGGGCCUGACCUUGGAUAGUCGCUGGGACUUCAAGGCGCACUUCUGGCGCCUAGUCCCCCGGGUUAGGUCCGCGGAGCUGGUCUGGCUCUCGCCAGAUAGAUACAGACCCAAAGGAGACCUGGAUGGCGGACUCGCCGCCUGUAUUAUAAGCCUGAUGCGCCAGGCGAUGUGGCCAGUGGUGGUAAACGCGAUUUUGGGGUACCACACUGUAUCAUACAUGGUGGCGACCACCCUGGCCGGCUCCCCUCCCGUGGAGCUUCUUGCACAGGAGCGGUGCACCCUUUACUGGAGGUUGCGCGAGCUCUGCGAGGAGGGGGAGGGACUAACGGUCAGAGGCCUGGCAGUCUUGAGAUCCCUGGCCAGGGCACGGACUUUGGAGAGAUGGUCGGCCAUCUUGGCUGACCCCUCCGGAUUCGGGCUCCGAACGACCGAAGCUGUCCACCCCAGUCUGCCCGAGGUAGCGGACAGGAGGGGACGUGGACUCUCUUUUCAUUUGGUGCAGGUGCUGAUCGGGCACAGGUGCUUCGGUCGGUACCUGCACCGGAUUGGAAAGGAUCCCACCAUGGACUGCCACCACUGCUCAGUGAGCGAGAACACGGUGUAA